UCGCAGCGUCCAGGCGGCCGUGCGUGUGGAAGAAAGAAAGAAGAGCCCACUGGGCAGUCAAGUGGCGGAUCGGAUCGGACAGUGUAGGCCGCAGUUUUAUCCGUAUCAAGUGCCCGGUUGUACUUUGGCCCGCGAGGACUGGCCUUGCCGGGUGCAAAACUCACUUGGUUAUUCCAGUGUCCAAGGUACUGCUGCUGGCACUGCCCGCCUAGUCCCUAGUCCGCCGCACCGUCCUCUCCCUCACGGUUUGGGUUUCGUCUGCUUUGACAACUGCCGACCUGACCUGUCACAGAGAGGGACUUGUUCGCCAUGGAACCCGCACAGCCUACGCAAGCCGAAAUCAAGGAACUGCGUGAGCAGCUCUUGAAAAAAGUAGAGGAGGACGGUGCGUCCAUUCCAGGGGGUAUCCAUCCAGCUGAUCUGGCACGAAUCCAGGAUGGUGAUGACUGGCUCCGACGUUUCCUUCUACACAAUGAUCGUGACAUCAAAGAAUCCUUGACGAUGGCAUGGGACACUUGUAAAUGGCGCAAGACUUUCGGCACAAAUGAUUUGAAUGAACAAACCGUGAGGAAGGAUUAUUUGCAAGACGGCAGUAUGUUUAGCUACAGUAGAGAUAAUGAUGGCAAGUCGUUAUUUAUCUUGAAAUGCAAGAAGCAUGUCAAGGGUCAGAGAGACUUGGAAGAAUUGAAGAAAUGUCUCGUCUACUGGUUUGAGCGACUAGAAAGACAAGAUAAAGGUGACAUGAUCACUCUCUUCUUUGAUAUGUCUGAAACUGGCCUAUCUAAUAUGGAUAUGGAUUACACCAAGUACCUGAUUUCAUUGUUCAAGAUGUAUUAUCCCUUUUAUUUGAACUACAUCCUCAUCUUUGAAAUGCCUUGGAUUCUUAACACGGCAUUCAAAAUCAUCAAAACAUGGCUGCCUGAAAAGGCUGUAAAAAAAAUUAAUUUUGUGAACAAAAGCACAUUAAAGAACUUUGUCGAGCCUGAGCGUGCUUUGGCAUCCUGGGGAGGGCAGGAUAAUUAUGAAUUUGUGUUUGUUCCUGAAGAUAGAAAUGGCAAAGGAGAGAAAAAGGUUCAUUUUGCUGAUAAUCAAGCUGACUCCUCUCCUACUUCAGAAACAGCGCAGGCUCUUCCAGGGCUAAAAAUAAAAAUCAGCCCUACGGACCUUAUAGUAUUUAAUGCUGAAGGUUCGGAAUUGACUGGUUCCCUAUCCCUUACAAAUGCCGAUGACAAGAUUAUCUCGUACAAGUUGAAAACAACAUCUCCUGAAACAUACCGUGUGAAACCAUGUUUGGGUGUGUUGAAACCUGGUGCAUCGGUGUCGGUGUCAGUCAUGGUUCAUGCUGGGUUUCAGCUAUCGUCUAUUUCUAAGGACAAGUUUUUGGUAAUGGGGAUGCCCCUCGAAUCUGGCGACAUAUCUAAUCAAGAGUUGUCUGAUCUGUGGAAGAAAGGGCAUUCUGCCACAGAGAUCAAUAGACUAAGAUGUAGCACCACAGGAGGUUCUCCAGCAGACACCAGUAGCCGUAAUGGUGGUAUUCUUGCUAGCUCAUCAGCUUCUUCAGUUGACAAAUUAUCACUAAUGUGUGAUAAUGUGGCAAAGUUGGUUCAGGCAAAUAAAAGACUGGAAACUGAACUUGGUUAUGCAAGAAUUCUUCAAAAUUGCUUAGUCCUCGGUGUUGCCAUGUGUUUGAUUGGUAUUUCUUACUUAAUUUAUGUCAUACAAGGUGUUUCUGAAAUUGAACAGGAGUCUUGCCCUAUAACUCACUAUGCUAAUGCUUAAAUUAGUCAUGGACUAGAAAGUAGCAACACUAUUUUUUCUUACUUUACUUCAGAAAAAAAAUCAUCCAAAUUUUGAAUUAUUGUACUUGUGAAUGAUACUCAUUGUGUUUUAUUGAAGACCUUGAUUAUUAAGAGGUGGGCAAUCCUUUAUUUAUUUGUUGUCUCGAGUGGUACCUGUUAUCUUUGUUAUGUUAAGUCAAUGAUUUUAUAGAUUGUGAACAUGUUUUAGUCCACAGUAGAUUUAUGCUCAUGAGACCUUGUAGUGCUUCCUUGUGGUCUUAGACACUAUGACUGUGUAUUCAAUGCCUUUGGCCUAAGCCCACUUACUAGUAAGCUUUUCUUUUAUGCAGAUGUGAUACAGGAGUUUUUUAGGAAGAAGAAAGUAGGAACAAUUCUACAUUGAAAUGUCUUCCAUGCAUGUACAUUUCUGAUAAAGUCAUAGCUUUAACCAAUCCAACGAAAUAGUUUUCUGUGAUUGUCAUCUGUGACUGUCAUCUGUAAGCUGCUAUGCUCACAAAGCCAUAGAAGUUAGAUUCAUAUUUAUGAGAUAGUUCUCAUGUCACAAACUUACCAACGUUUUUUUGUGGAACAAUGCGACUGAUAAGACUACCUACUUACUUUCGAUGAGCAUAUCGCAUUCUAGGAAUGUUUAAAGAGAAAUGCUUUGUGAAAGGUAGAAACAAUGAAAUUUGACGUUUAAUGCAUUUUGAAAGGUAGCACUGCAAUUUAUUUUUUCACAAGGUCAGCCAACAUGUGUACUUGACACUUAGUACUAAUUGAAGUAGCUUUGACUUAUCAGUCUCAAAAGUAGUAGUUUGAAUUUCUUUUAUAUGUGCAGCUGUAUUAGAUUUUAGUGCAAUCGCUCAAUGAAAACAAGGAAGUAUUGAUUCUAACUGUAACUCAGCACCAGAGCAUUGUUAACUACUUUUUUUUCUUUUUGAUAAUGUUUUGUGAUUAUUCCUCUGUUAAUGUUAGUUUAUAGUCUUUGGAUAAAUAGCCUAUGCAUCACAUGCAUAGCAUCACAAGCACUAAUUGUUAAACUUAGACUGACUCUUGCAAUCUUUUUCAAGUAGGCCAUUUAUAUGUUACUAGUAUACUGAUGCAGCAACAUUCCCUUUAUUUUUUUAUUUUUACUUAUCUAUUUUGAACUUUAAUUUUAUGUUGUUAUAAAUUUAUAUUAGGUUGUUUGAUAUUGUAUAAUGGAUCAGUGAUAAUUUGAAUUUUGCUAUUUAUUGUUGUCUCGUCCUUCCUGGCUGCUCGGCUUCCAUUUUGCAGCUGUAGAUUUUGCCGCAACCAGUGUCGAUUAUUGGUGCUAAUACUGUGCUCUAAAUUAGAUUCUUUCAGUGUUUCCAUAAGUGUGAUAAAGUUUACAAAUGUCUUUCUUGUUACAUAUUUUAGCUUGACUGUAUUUUCAGAAUGCUAGCAAAAAACCAUCAGUUUCAAUGUUAAAAAAAUUAUUUGUACUCCCUCUUGCUUUUAGGAAUUGUAUGUAUUUAUUAUGCAUCACAUUUAGAUGGUUUCUCCUUGUUCUGCUUGUGGUCCAUGAUUUUUAAACUGGUCUCUGUAUUCAAACUUGAUUUUAUUUUCCAAUUUCUAUCUCUUUUUCUAUUGUAAUUUUUGUCAGUGGUAAUUGAACUUUCAACCUUAAAUACCAUUACAUAUUAAUUUUCUACACUAUUUUUCAUAUUCUAUAAUGUGUUAAUGCCUUAGUAGUGUGUAAAUUAACUGUCUCUUCCUACUACAGUCUACAUUAAUCUAAUUAUUUUGUUGAAGAUGUUAAGAAGAUGAAUCCUGUAACUAUGACUUUAAAGUACUUUGUUAUUUUUUGAUGUUUAUGAGGAAUGGAAGCUACCAGUAAACAAUGUGAGUUA